AUGCAGCCGGUCCCAGAUGAGGUGCGCCAGGACGCGGCCCAGAACGCCCCGUGGUCCAGGCCCGAGUGCCAGGCAUGGACGAGGACACUGCUUCUGGGCACCUGCCUGCUCUACUGUGCCCGUGUGAGCAUGUCUGUGUGCACCGUGUCUAUGAGCCAGGACUUCGGCUGGAGCAAGACGGAGGCGGGCAUCGUGCUGAGCAGCUUCUUCUGGGGCUACUGCUUGACACAGGUGGUGGGCGGCCACCUUGGGGACCGGAUCGGGGGUGAGAAGGUCAUCCUGCUAUCGGCCUCUGCCUGGGGCCUCAUCACCGCUGCUACUCCCCUACUCACCCACCUCAGCACUGCCCAGCUGGCCUUCAUGACCUGUUCUCGAAUCCUCAUGGGCCUGCUCCAAGGCGUCCACUUCCCGGCCCUGACCAGCCUCCUGUCACAGAAGGUGCGGGACAGUGAGCGGGCCUUCACCUACAGCACCGUGGGCGCUGGCUCCCAGGUUGGAACACUGGUGACUGGAGGCGUGGGCUCCCUGCUCCUAGACCGCCAUGGCUGGCCCAGCGUCUUCUACUUCUCCGGCGGGCUCACCUUGCUCUGGGUGUAUUAUGUGUACAGAUACCUGCUGAAUGAAAAAGAUCUCCUCAUGGCCCUGGGUGCAUUGGUUCGAGGCCCACCCAUAUCCAGACACACCAAGGUCCGCUGGAAACAGCUCUUCCGGAAGCCUGCCGUCUGGGCGGCUGUUGGCUCCCAGCUGUCCUCCGCAUGUGCCUUCUUCACUCUGCUCUCCUGGUUACCCACUUUCUUCAGGGAGACCUUCCCCAGCUCCAAGGGCUGGGUCUUCAACGUGGUGCCCUGGCUGGUUGCGAUCCCCGCCAGUCUGUUCAGUGGCUUUCUCUCGGAUCACCUCAUCAGUCAUGGUUACCGGACCAUCGUGGUGCGCAAGUUCAUGCAGGCCAUGGGCCUCGGCCUGUCCAGCGUUUUUGCCCUGUGUCUGGGCCACACCUCCAGCUUCUUCAAGUCCAUGGUCUUCGCGUCAGCCUCCCUCGGUCUCCAGACCUUCAACCACAGUGGCAUCUCUGUCAACAUUCAGGACCUGGCCCCAUCCUGUGCUGGCUUUCUGUUUGGUGUGGCCAACACAGCGGGGGCCUUGGCAGGUGUGGUGGGCGUGUACCUGGGCGGCUACCUGAUGGAAACCACAGGUUCCUGGACCUCCCUCUUCAACCUGGUGGCCAUCGUCAGCAUUCUGGGCCUCUGUACUUUCCUGGUGUUUGGGGAGGCUCAACGGGUGGACCUGAACCCAACCCAUGAAGACCUUUAG